CACCUGGUCAUGUCCGAUUCGCUAAUUCAAUUAUAUUUCGGCUAUGCUCUGGCUAUUGGCAUAACUUCGAAUCGAUUCGUGGACUCAACCUUCAAGCAGACAUUUUUCUCGAGAUGCUAUGCACUGGUCGUGAAUAUCGCUACCCUCGUGCUGACUCCACCUCUCUUUUGGGAAUCACGGAAUGGGUUUCAGGACGGUCAGUCCUAUCCAAAGCUAAUUUUGAUUACCUUUCAAGUACGUUACCUGGUUGCUUAUGCGGUCGUGUUCUAUUCGGUAUUGUCGCGCGGUUUUCGGGACAGAGCCCUAAAGGAGGUACAGCCCCUACUCACCAAGUUAUUGCGCGAGGAAAAGCGCAAUGGAAAACGGAGGCUCAAACGUUCCCUCCUACUGCCCUUCUACCUGAAAUUCUUCACGGCGGCUUUCAUGUGCUUGACUAUUUUCGUAUUCCAAUUUGGCUCUGGCGUCGAAUUGACUUGGAAGACAACAGCUCGAAUUAUAUUUCUGAGUAAUGUUCUCAACAUCCUGGAAGUUGUGCCCAUGGGCUACUUUUUGGCCCUUUGGCACAUAGCCCGUGGCUUUGACUUUGUCAACCAACGGUUGGACGACAUCAUGGCAUCCACACCCAUUGAUUUGAAGGAACUAAGAAAUCUUUGGUCGCUUCAUGCUGCCAUGACCAGAACAGUGCUCAGGAUCAACAAGAUCUAUGGGGUCCAGAUGUUAGCAUUUCGCUUCGAUAACUUUAUUUUCGGCGUUAUCAAUGCCUACUGGGGAACGUUCUUCAGCUUCCACGCCGACACGAAUUUUUUAUGGGUAGUGUUUGGCUCCGUCUCGUAUUGGAUCCGUUGCGUGGACUCGUAUUUGAUCGACCAUGUGAGCGACUUGGCCAUGCACUACCAGAGCUCACCAAAACAUGCCUGGACCGAGAAAUACUGGUCGAAAGAGAUCAACUCCUAUGUGACGUAUGUGAGCAGCUGCAAGCUACAGCUUCGGACUUGUGGUCUCUAUCAAGAGAAUCGAAGUCUAUGGUUCGAAACGAUUAGCAGCAUUUUGUAUUACUAUAUAAUGCUCCUACAGUUCCAUCUGGUUAUAAAAAAUUAAUAGACAGGAGAUAAUGUUCUUUUCUAUAAUAUUAAGUAUUGUUCUCACAUUUUCUUGAAACCGUCCAAUACCUUAAGAGAAUUUUAUAAAAUAUAAUUUUGCACGAUUGGAAAUUGCUGAAAGCUUUCUAACAUUGGUGGAUAUCAGGAGCGACUGAUUGUAAGAUAACUAUAAUUAGCUAAUUGCUCCUACAUAAUACACACUACUGGAGGGAAUUGCAGCAAUUCAGUUGCACGAGGAGGCCCAAACAGAACAGUUCGUACGGGACAGGACAAUGAGGAGACUUUUGCAGCUGGAUAUCUUCCAAUGGUUCGCCAUGCUCAUUGGCUUGACAUCCUACAGGCUGGUCGAUAAUAGAUUUAUUCAAACCCGAAUAGCCAGGACUUACGCGAUGAUCGUCAACGUCUUCACGGUGACAAUGCUGCCUUUGCCACUUUCACGUUUGGCUUACUCAGUUUCGUUGUGCUUCUGGCUGCCCCGAUUCAUGUGGAUUACUCCUUACGUUCUUUAUGCGGUAAACUAUGCUGUCAUCCUGGAGGACCAGCAACUGGAGGAGCUCAUUCCCACACGGGCACCGCUCACACCCGGGUAAACCGAGGAGCUGCGUAGUCUGUGGUCUAUUCACGCCAUCAUCAAUCGAACCAAUCGAAAAAAGUGGCUCUGCAUGAUGGGAGCUAUCAUAUGCCACUCCGCAAUGCUCCUGCAGUUCCAUCUGACGAUGUCUGCUACAAUAGCAAAACAAUACAA